AGAAAUUUGAGCGUGCUCCUCUACGAUUCAAACAGCGAGCGGGCAAGAAUCAAAUGUGAAUCAUCAUCAACCUUGAGCCGAGUCGUAGUGGGGAGGAGACACUGGCUGCCACUAACAGCAUAUGGCGAGUAUUCUGACAUGUUCGGGAGGAGUUCAUGCUUAUAAAUUUGGAAUGAUAUUUUGGAUGUAUUUUCGGGAGUUCUAUUUACACUAACAUGACGCUUGUGUAACACGCAUCGUUCAACAAUCCAUAGCAGGAGAAAUCACAGUAAAAAUGGAGCGAGAUCGCUUUAAUUACUCGUGACAAACCUUAAUGAAACUCGCAGCAAAAUGUUUGCGCAGAGGAAGAUCGAUCCGGAGUUGGAGAAACUCAGAAACGAAGUGGAUGGUCCGCCGAAUUUGGAUACUGUCACCUUGAACAUCCAGAGAGAGUCGUCGCGCAUCCAUGCCGCGUACUUAUUCGAGCACAUUGGCAAAGCUACGCUGCAGAAGCUAUGCUUACUCUUAAGUUCCACGGCAACAGGGAAGAUCUACAACGGAUGGCAGGAGUUUGCAGCGCACAUGGGCUUGACAAUGGAGCAGAUACGUUGUAUAGACUACGAUUUCAAGGGACUGCAAGACCCGACGUACUACGUGCUUCUUACCUACGUGCAGUCUCCGGAUGCGACAAUGGACAAAAUUUUGAGUGCUUUGCAAAAGAUAGAGCGGUUCGACGUAAUAAGUGAGAUUAAGGAUUACAUGCAUAAUUUAGCCAGCGCUCUGUCGCAAGAUGCCGCCGAUGAAUUGGAAAUAAUUCAACCAACGCAUAUACCAAGAGCACCAUUAGUGUUGAGUCCUAUAUUGACAGAACAAUGCAAGAUUGGAGCGGCGAGAGAAAGCGAAUCAAGAAGCAUACCACAGGAUGAUCAACAGAAGCAUACUAAACAAAAGUACAGCUGCAUAGUCAUGCUGACUUUCGCGGGGGACGGUUUAGCGAUCGUCGAAUGUAUCACGAAGAUAUUCCGAUCCAAGCAGCCGCCGAUAGGUGUGCUCAUAUUACAAGAACAAAAGAAAGGCGUUUAUAGUCGCGCCGAGGAAUUUAUUGACGACUGUUUCAAGCAGGUAGAUUAUAUUAUACCGAUACUAACCAAAGGAUACAUCGAGAUGGUAAAUAACCCCGCGAAAGCAAGCGAAAAGAUACAUAAUCAUUUGGACACGAAGUACUUGAAGUACAUAUAUUCCUUGUUGAGGUACGAGUAUGUGGCGAAUGAGUGCUGCAACAAUCGCGUAAGAUGCAUCGUGCCCGAUAAGGAUGUUUAUAUUGUCGUUCGAGCGAGCCUACAUCCCACACUACAAGCAUGGUUUCGUGAAAGUGACAUCGAUGACUUUGUGAACAAUAUUCUUCUGCAUAAGUUUUGACGUGAGAACCGAAGACGCUUAGGUUCCGAUAGAACUAACGGAAUAAUCUCAUCAUAUGACCGUUAUAGUGUAUAGUGUUGAAACAUGUGCAUUUCCCUCUCAUGUUAUA